AUGGUCCAACAACAAGGAGUUCAGACUCUGAAGCGCAAGCAGCAGUCCCAAAAGAUUUCGAUAUCGCCACUGUACUUUUUGCUAGCCGUCUUGUCGAUUGCCGUGUUGAUUCUGGGGUAUAAUCUAAAGAGCUUAUCCAAGGCCAUCCAGGAGAGCCAUCACCAACAACAGCAAGAAGUACCGGUAGUACCAGGGGAUGAUAAUAAAAAUGCCAAGACACUAGCCGAUGAUGCUGCGAAACUAGCUGCUGUGAAACGAGCCGCAUUGGAAAAGAUCAAUGGUAAACAAGAAACAGAAAACCAAGGAGCUACCACCAAGAAUGACGGUAGUGGUGUCCCCCAAUACCACAUUAUUUUCUCCACGGGCUGCAGUGCCUUUCAAGAUUGGCAAUCCUACAUUUUCUUUUUCCAUGCGGCCAAAGUCUUGAAACGAACGUCUCCCCCCAAAAGUGGCAUGGCCAAUACCGAAGUGACGCGGGUCGCAUCGGGCUGUGGAUCGGAUGCCGAUGCUGAAGCUAUGCAAGCACUGCACAGGGAACAAAUCAAAAUCAUGAAUCCCAACUUUCAUUUGCACAUUACACCCGAUUUUUCCACCGUUCAUGGGUCCACCAAACCCUACAAGUACUUCAACAAGCCUUAUGGGACCAAACACUGGAUGGAACAUGUAUUGGGGUAUACCAAAGAUGAAACUACUGGCAAACCAAAUGACAACCCGCAACACGACAAUGACAUAGUCAUUCUCAUGGACCCGGAUCAGAUUAUUCUAAGACCCUUCACCAAUGACUUUAGUCAACACCCCGAACAAUGGCGCACUCGCCAGUCACUGCCCCUUUGGGACAAGGUCGUUCGAGGACAACCCUUUGCCCAGCAGUACGGAUUCCACAAUCAAUGGUACCAGAAAACCGAUAUUACCAAGAUUGCCAAACCGGACGAACUACCCUCUCCGCUCGAAACCAUGAAUGAUCGAAUGCGGAAUGAAAACUUUUCCGCGGGACCUCCCUACAUUGCCGUCGGUGCCGACAUGUAUCAAAUAUCCGACAAAUGGGCCGAAUUUGCCGUACCGACGCAUGCCCAGUAUCCAUUCUUGUUGGCCGAAAUGUUUGCCAUGUGUUUGGCAGCCGCGCAUCUCAAUCUGCCACAUCAGAUUACACAAAGCUUCAUGGUGAGCGACGUUGGUACAGGUGGCCUGGAAGGCUGGAAAUAUGGAAUUGAUCAGUACAGCGGAACGGACAUGUGUGAAGAAGGCAAGAUCCCUGAGGAAAAGUUGCCAAAUGUACUGCACUAUUGUCAACGAUAUUGGCUCGGAAAGUGGUUUAUUGGCAAAUACAAACUACCGAAGGACUUUAUCUCCUGUGAAUCGCCACUCCUCAAAGUGCCGCCCAAAGAUGUGGCACUCCAAUACGAUUUUGCCGUCGCGCCCACUGGAGAAAUCAAAAAAUUAAACAAAGAUCAUGUCAAACGAAAUGCUUGGAUGUUGUGUCGAUUCAUCCCGGCAUUGAACGAGGCGGCACGAUUCUAUAAGGAAACCCAUUGUGGUAAAGAUGGCAAGCCGCCAGCCAACUUUGAAGAAACCUUGGUCUUUCAUAAGAAUAUGGAAGUGGAAGCCAUCCAUUGA